AUGUCUAAUCGAGCCAUUCAAUUAAAAUCUCCAAAACUUGGAUGUAUCCCAAUUCGUCCAUUUCUGAUUUUGGGCUCAAUCCUCGGGAUACUCAUAACACUUUCAUAUCUCAUUACUGGGCCACCAACAGUCAAAAACGUUAUCUGUUGUGCAUUGGGUGCUGCAUUCAACGUCUGUCUAGUUUAUGGAGCUCACAAGUACAACGACAAAGCUCUAAAAUAUUGCCAAAUGUUUUUAAUUUUCUUCAUGAUCAUCUCGUCUCUCUCGAUCUGCUUUAUGCCAGUAUCCGUCACGAGUUUCAUUUCAUCAGAUUAUCACAAAUACUACAAAAAUACAAACGCUGAAGCUUCAAAUGAAGGAACCAAUAAACUACUAACAAACAUUUUUGGUGAGAGUACCCUCUCAGAAAUCACUGGAAAUAUUUCACAACAAGACAGUAAAGAAGCAGCUGCGAGAAAAUUCUUAGCAGGAUUUAUUGCGGGAGAAACAGUCGUGUUGUUCUGUAUCUUUCAUAUAUUAUCUUCCUAUAUGGAAUACGUCAUGAUCAAGCGUCUUCGGAAGUUCAUCGCAGCAAGAAAGGGACUACAUGAGAAUGAGACGUUGGCGUGA